GAUACGUCCUACGCGCUAGUUUAGCCGGUAGGACAAACUCACAUGGGUCAUGUAAAAAAUAUCGGAAUAACUACAGCACGUCCACUUUAUCUUAACAUAUUUAUUGCCCGUAAACGAUGUAUCGCGUUUUCUGCUCGCGGUGGGUUUUACCCGGUUUGUCACUGACAGCUGGCAUUGGCAUCGGUGCCACACUGACAGCAGCGGGUGACAGGCGUAAUAACAACAGGAAAGCGAGUUUGCUGGAUCGCGUGCCGGUCAUCCCGAUACCAAGCGUCGACGCGGCGUCAGAGAUCAGCCCGUACCAGCCGGGACAGGUCUCUGUAAACCGGUCUACAGCUGCGAUGAAAUACGGCUUUCCUUCCCUGUCCAACAUCAAAAGCAGAGAGUCUUACGUGACCUCCUACGACCCUAGAAACAGGACGGCAGCCUGGGUCAUCGAGCAGCUGAACGCAGAGACGGUCACCGGAAGCUCGGACAGAAAGUACUGCGAGUUCAAAGAGGACGAGUCGGUUCAUGUUUACCACAGGUCCAGCAAUGCGGAUUAUAAGGGGAGUGGAUUUGACAGGGGUCACUUGGCAGCAGCAGCCAAUCACAAGUGGAGCCAGAAAGCCAUGGAUGAAACAUUUUACCUGAGCAAUGUGUCUCCACAGAAUCCUAAUCUUAACCAGAAUGCCUGGAAUAACUUGGAGAAGUAUUGUCGCUCUCUCACCAAGCAUUACCAGAAUGUCUUUGUAUGCACUGGACCACUCUACUUACCACGACAGGAAGCUGAUGGGAAGAUGUACGUGAAAUAUCAGGUUUUGGGAAAGAAUCAUGUAGCGGUGCCGACUCACUUCUUUAAGGUGGUGAUUCUGGAGAAGCCGAGAGGAGAUGUGGAGCUGCGCUCCUAUGUGAUGCCCAACAUGCCGGUCGAUGAGAAGAUUCCACUGGAGCGCUUCCUGGUUCCUAUUGAGAGCAUUGAGAGAGCGUCAGGACUGCUGUUCGUACCAAACAUCAUGAAGAGGACCAGCAGUCUGAAAGCCAUAACAGCAGGAUGAGUUUACAGUCAAUGCUGAGGGCGAAAGUAAAAUCCAUCAAAAAUUCAUAACAAAAGUUUUAAGGAAAACUACUGAGAAAACACAUAGAAGUCAAUGUAUAGUGAUAAUGACUGUCAUAUCACUGUCUGAUGUUGUAUUGUUUAGUAGAGAUUUUGUAUUAUUACUGUUGUUAGAUGUCAGCCAUUAACAGGGAUUUUAUAAUAUAACAAUUAAUUUAUGCCGAGCCAAAACUGUACAGAAGUAGAUUUUAAUACAGAUAGUGAUAUUUGAAUCUGUACUACUAGAAAUAAAAACUGUGCAAUCUUUAAA